GCACAGCUGGUUUGGGGGGCGGGGCUGUGAUCCACAUUCUUGUGCUGCUUGUGGGUCUGGCUUUAGCUAUUGGGGUCGCGCACACAGGGGUCAUGAGAGGGGAAUGCAGAGUGCGGGGGAGGGAUUUCAACACAGGAUGAGGAGGGGGCCUGGUGUGAAUGGCACAGACACAAGAUUCUGGCUGGGGCAGGUGGCUGAGGGGCCCAAUGGAGGCCCUAGUGGGGGCAGUGAGUGAGCAAAGCUUUGCGGGGGGGAGGGUCGGUUUUUAAUUUUGACUUUUUUUAUCAUCAGUGUUGAUGCCCCACAGACACAUGCUCCGGACCUGCCCCUACAUUGAUAAGCUUGGGAAAUUGAACUCUCCCUGAUCUCCAGCCCAGAGUCAGCCAUGGCUGCACAGAGCCCUGUGGAAAGUCUCUGGGAGGAAGCGAUGCCUCCUGUCUGUCUGGAGGAUUUCACAGCCCCUGUCACUCUGGAGUGUGGGCACAAUGUCUACCAGGACUGCCUCAGCCCUCAGUGCAGAGACACUGCGCAGCAGGGAACCCUCCAGUCUAACAGGGAGCUGGCAAACAUGGCAGAACUAGCCAAGCGGCUGAGUUUCCAGGCUCCCAUGGUGCUGCCCAUAAAGGAAGCUACCCAGGAGUACAAGGAAAAAUUGGAGACCCAUUUGAAGAGAUUGAGGAAAGAGAGAGAAAAUCUGCUGGAAUGGAAAGUGACAGCAGAGAGGAAAACCAAGGAGUAUCUGAAACAGACACAAGCCGAGAGGCAGAAGAUUGUGGCCGAGUUUCAGCAGCUGCGGCAGGGGCAGUUCUUGGAGGAACAAGAGCGACUCCUGCUGGCCCAGCUGGAGAAGUUGUACGAGGAGAUUAGGAGGCUCCAGACUGACGCUAACAGGAAACUCUCCGCACAGAUUUCCCGUCUCAGCGAGCAGAUCGUUGAGCUGGAGGGGACGUGUCAGAAGCCAGUGAGUGAUUUCCUGCAGGAUGUCAGAAACACCUUGAACAGGUGUGAGAUGGGGCAGUUCCAGCUGCCAGAGGAGAUUUUCAGAGGUUUCUCCCAGAAAACGAUUGCUCUGUCGGAAUCUCUGAGGGAAUUCAAAGGCAAAGCCUUGGCUUUUGUCACACAAUGA